CACUCACUGUUGCAGCAGGCCGAGCAUGCCUGGAGCCACAUAAUCAACCAGCAGUUCGGGCCACACUCACUGUUGCAGCAGGCCUAGUGUACAUGGAACUGUGCGCUCAGCCAACAGUUGGGGCCACGAUCUUUGUUGCAGCAGGCCCGGCAAGUCCGGAGCUGUGCUCUCUGCUCAAGGGGCAGGCAGCGGUUGGGGCCGCGCUCUCUGUUGCAGCAGGCCUGGCAUCCCUGGAGCUGCCCUCUCUGUCAGCAGGCAGGCAGAUGUGGGGGCUGCGCUCUCUGUUGCAGCAGGCCCGGCAUACCUGGAGCUGCCCUCUCUGUCAGCAGGCAGGCAGAUGUGGGGGCUGCGCUCUCUGUUGCAGCAGGCCCGGCAUACCUGGAGCUGCCCUCUCUGUCAGCAGGCAGGCAGAUGUGGGGGCUGCGCUCUCUGUUGCAGCAGGCCCGGCAUACCUGGAGCUGCCCUCUCUGUCAGCAGGCAGGCAGAUGUGGGGGCUGCGCUCUCUGUUGCAGCAGGCCCGGCAUACCUGGAGCUGCCCUCUCUGUCAGCAGGCAGGCAGAUGUGGGGGCUGCGCUCUCUGUUGCAGCAGGCCCGGCAUACCUGGAGCUGCCCUCUCUGUCAGCAGGCAGGCAGAUGUGGGGGCUGCGCUCUCUGUUGCAGCAGGCCCGGCAUACCUGGAGCUGCCCUCUCUGUCAGCAGGCAGGCAGAUGUGGGGGCUGCGCUCUCUGUUGCAGCAGGCCCGGCAUACCUGGAGCUGCCCUCUCUGUCAGCAGGCAGGCAGAUGUGGGGGCUGCGCUCUCUGUUGCAGCAGGCCCGGCAUACCUGGAGCUGCCCUCUCUGUCAGCAGGCAGGCAGAUGUGGGGGCUGCGCUCUCUGUUGCAGCAGGCCCGGCAUACCUGGAGCUGCCCUCUCUGUCAGCAGGCAGGCAGAUGUGGGGGCUGCGCUCUCUGUUGCAGCAGGCCCGGCAUACCUGGAGCUGCCCUCUCUGUCAGCAGGCAGGCAGAUGUGGGGGCUGCGCUCUCUGUUGCAGCAGGCCCGGCAUACCUGGAGCUGCCCUCUCUGUCAGCAGGCAGGCAGAUGUGGGGGCUGCGCUCUCUGUUGCAGCAGGCCCGGCAUACCUGGAGCUGCCCUCUCUGUCAGCAGGCAGGCAGAUGUGGGGGCUGCGCUCUCUGUUGCAGCAGGCCCGGCAUACCUGGAGCUGCCCUCUCUGUCAGCAGGCAGGCAGAUGUGGGGGCUGCGCUCUCUGUUGCAGCAGGCCCGGCAUACCUGGAGCUGCCCUCUCUGUCAGCAGGCAGGCAGAUGUGGGGGCUGCGCUCUCUGUUGCAGCAGGCCCGGCAUACCUGGAGCUGCCCUCUCUGUCAGCAGGCAGGCAGAUGUGGGGGCUGCGCUCUCUGUUGCAGCAGGCCCGGCAUACCUGGAGCUGCCCUCUCUGUCAGCAGGCAGGCAGAUGUGGGGGCUGCGCUCUCUGUUGCAGCAGGCCCGGCAUACCUGGAGCUGCCCUCUCUGUCAGCAGGCAGGCAGAUGUGGGGGCUGCGCUCUCUGUUGCAGCAGGCCCGGCAUACCUGGAGCUGCCCUCUCUGUCAGCAGGCAGGCAGAUGUGGGGGCUGCGCUCUCUGUUGCAGCAGGCCCGGCAUAACUGGAGCAGCACUCUCAGCCAACAGCUGGGGUCACACUCACUGUUGCAGCAGGCCUGGUGUGCAUGGAACUGUGCGCUCAGCAAACAGUUGGGGUCGUGCUCUCUGUUGCAGCAGGUCCGGCAUGUCCGGAGCUGCGCUCUGCUCAGGGUACAGGCAGCGGUUGGGGCCGCGCUCUCUGUUGCAGCAGGCCCGGCAUACCUGGAGCUGCCCUUUCUGUCAGCAGGCAGGCAGAUGUGGGGCCGCGCUCUCUGUUGCAGCAAGCCCAGUGUGCCUGGAACCACAUCCUCAGCCAGCAGUUGGGGCCACACUCACUGUUGCAGCAGGCCUGGUGCGCAUGGAACUGUGCGCUCAGCCAACAGUUGGGGCUACGCUCUCUGUUGCAACAGGCCCGGCAUACCUGGAGCUGCUCAGGGGGCUGUCAGCAGGCAGCCAGAUAUUGGGGCCGCGCUUUCUGUUGCAGCAAGCCCAGUGUGCCUGGAGCCACACUCUCAGCCAGCAGUUGGGGCCACACUCACUGUUGCAGCAGGCCUGGUGUGCAUGGAACUGUGCGCUCAGCCAACAGUUGGGGUCGUGCUCGCUGUUGCAGCAGGUCAGGCAUGGUCAAGGCUGUACUCUCUGCUCAGGGGGCAUGCAGUGGUUGGGGCCGCGCUCUAUGUUGCAGCAGGCCUGGUGUGCAGAAAAUUGUGCUUUAGGUCAGCCGUAGGGGCUGCGCUCUGUCAGCUGGAAAGCAACGGUUGGGGCCGCACUAACUGUUGCAGCAGGCCUGGCACACCUGGGACUGCGCUUUCAGCCAACAGUUGGGGCCACACUCACUCUUGCAGCAGGCCCAGCAUACCUGGAGCUGCCCUCUCUGUCAGCAGGCAGGCAGAUAUGGGGGCCGCGCUCUCUGUUGCAGCAGGUCCAGCGUGCCUGGAACCGCACUCUCAGCCAGCAGCUGGGGCCACGCUCACUGUUGCAGCAGGCCUGGUGUGCACGGUACUGCGCUUUAUGUCAGCAGUUGGAGCUGCGCUCUGUCAGCUGGAAAGCAACGGUUGGGGCCGCGCUCUCUGUUGCGGCAGGUCAGGCAUGCCCGGAGCUGCGCUCUCUGCCCAGCAGGCAGGCAUAUGUGAGGGCCAUGCUCUCUGCUGCAGCAUGCCCGGUGUGCCUUGAAUCGGACUCUCAGCCAGCAUUUG